AUGGCCACUUUGACACCCGUUUCUGUGGCUCUUCCCGAAGACAAAGUACCGACUAAGAAGAUUGUCAGAGACAUUAUCGGCACAUUCCUGACGAAAGAAUGGCCAUACGUGGAUCUAGAGACCAUGACCAUGUCAUACCAUGCAUCAUUCGCCAACGCCCACUGUGCCGUGAAGCGACCGAAGCCAACUAACGGCACACCUGUUGAACCAUUGAAGGUGUUCAUCAAAUUCCAUAAUGAUAUCGGGGUGGACAUUGAUGCCUUCAAGCAUCUGGCACCAAGUAAGCAGGAGGAAGCAGUUCUCUGCUACGAGUACGGUCGAUCCGGACUGGGAGCCAGAGUGUACGGAUUUUUCAAGACACAGGAUGGCACACUCGGGAGAAUCGAUGAGUUUCUGGAUGCACGUAACAUGGAACCAGAGGAUGUUGAGGAUGCGGUCAUCCGAGCGGAUGUUGCUAAAGGACUGGCAAUUUUCCAUGCAAUGAAGAGGUCACUGGAGAAAAAGGCAGUGGAGCCAUACUAUGAAGCCGUCAUCAAUGGACUCAAGAAGUACCACAAGAUGGACAAGUUGAAGGCACUAGGUAGAGAAGGAGGAAUCAGUGUGGACAGUCUGGUUGACUAUGACUUUGGAGAGAGGUUGAGGAAAGUGGUAGACAAGCUGGAAUCCAUAGGAGGGAAGACAGGAUGGUGUAUUCAUGACAUACAGUUCAUGAACGUCUUGGUGAAAAAUGAUCCGAAGGAAGGAGAGAGCAAAGUCGUCCUGAUUGACUUUGAGUUCGUGAUGCAGAACUAUCGAGCCUUUGACAUUGGUGGACACUUUAUGCAGAAGAUGUUCAAAUGGUUCGACAAGGAGAGUAAGCUAGCAAAUUGUAGGAAGUACACGGAAGACGAGAAAAAACACUUCUGCGAGGAGUACGCGAGACAGUGGAACAAACUGACCGGUGAUUCGGAUACUGGAAACCAGGUGUUCCUGGAAUCCGAAUAUGGAUAUAUGUUGGCCAUCACUUUUGAUAUCCACAACAUGCUGUGCUUCAUGAAUGGAGAAGAUGACAAAGACCCCUUGAACCUUCUCGGACUCAACAAACUGUUUGAUGAGUUUGUGGAUCAGUAUACCAAACUUGAGUUGGAAGAUCCAUGA